GCAUAAAAGUCGUGUGUUCGUCAAGCUCGGAUCAAUUCCAGUUUGGUCCGAAAGACAACCUUGAAGAAAUAAGAGAUUGAAGAAAGAAGACUUUGAAGAAGACAAGCAAAUCGAGAAGAUGAAGUUUGGCAUCGCAAUUAUUGUUGCUUUGGUGAUUUUUCUUUCCCCAUCAGUAAACGGUGCGGAAAGCGACGUGGUUCGUGUUUUUGACAAAAAGACGCAGAUGAGUGGCGAAAAGGUGCUGGAAAUCCUGGAGAAGGCUGACCUCGAGAAGUAUGGAUUUAAGAAAACCGUCGAACAAUCCACGAAGACGGAUGAAAAUGGUAAGAUAGUCAAAAAGACGACCAUUUACUAUUUGGCCACCGAUGAUUGCUCUAGGGUUUGGUUCUGGGAGAGCAUUUUGGAGCAACGUUUGCCAGCAGAGUUGAGAAACUCGAAGUUCGCUUCAACCAUCGUGAAAGAAGUCAAAGAUCGUAUCACCGGUCGCAAGACAAAGACCUGCAAAGUUGGCCUGGAAAUUCAUCCAAAACGUUGCUUAGGCAACAACAGUGGUAAACGUGGUAUCGCAGAUUGUUCGUGGCAUCUUGUCUGUUGGGCUGCCUCCAUUAAGUACACUGAUUAACUAGCUUACCAACUGUCACUUUAAAAGCUUAAAUAUAAUCCUUUGGAACUGAUAAGAACUGAUCAAUAAUUGUGUAGUUUUUUUGUAGUAUUUUUGUAGUGACCACUCUAUACUAUAGCGGUAU